UACAGUUCGUCCUAAAAGUCAGAUUCUAUGUUUUUUUCUCGAAACAAGUUCACGGUUUUGUCUACGAAAAUAACGAAUUUUGUGUCUACUACUUUGUGUCACAUUUCAUUAUUCGAAUGUUAUUCAAAAAAUAAUAGGAUAUAUUGCUAGAAGUUUCAACAUUGUCUCAAAUGAGAUGGUGAAUUUAUAUGAUUGAUUGGUCCCUUUGAAACGAAACAGUGAAGAAACAAUAUGAAGAGACAGCAUAAGCCUGCAGUUACUGACUUGAUACAAACCAAUGUCACAGAGACUUCGGUGAAGGACUUUUCAAAAGAAAAUCAGCCAGACAUGAAGAAGAAAUCUGAUUCUUGGUUCUUACGCUUCACAAUUGUUAUAGGAAUGCUAACGUGGAUUGUUGGUGGAGCGAAAGUAGUAUGGACAUCCCCAUCCUUAAUCAAAUUAGAAUCAACUGAUUUGGAAAUCAAUCCUUUAGGCAGACCUAUAACAAGUUCAGAAGUUUCUCUGUUAUUCGGGAUACCAGGCAUGGUGUCUUUACCGGGCUCGGUUAUCUUUCCUAAAUUGGCAGAUAUAUUAGGAAGAAAAAUAUGUAUUCUAGUUAUAGGUUUUAUCAUGUUGAUUAGUCUUUUAGGACUCGCUUUUAGUAACACCAUAGUACUAAUCAUUUUGUUCUCAACAAUAUGUUCUAUAUCUUUCGUUGGAACAUUGGGAGUUUUCCCGAUGUAUCUCACAGAAAUAUGUGAAGAUCAUAACAGAGCUAAAUAUGGUUGUAUAUUAUCUCUCUGUAUUCCUCUUGGACAAUUGUAUGCUUAUGUACUCGGCCCACUAUUACUCAUUAGAGAUUACACGUUAGUCAUAGCUGCACCUUUAUUGCCAUUCAUAUUAUUCUUCUUCUAUGUACCUGAAAGCCCUGUUUAUCUGUUGAGUAAAGGAAGAGAUGAAGAGUGUAGAUUAGCUCUUGAAAAAUUGCGAAACAACAAAGCUAAAAGUGAGUUGGAAGUUGAUUAUCGUCAUAUGAGUCAGAGCCUAGCUCCAACGGGAGAAAGUAAACCUUUCAAGGUUUUGAAAGUAUUUACCACCAAAGAAGGUAGAUGUGGAUUAUUUUUAAGCUCGUUAGGAAUGGCUGUACAGACUUUUGGAGGAGGGGCCACUUUGUUACCAUUGUUGGCUCCUAUUUAUGAAAAUGCAGAUUCAAAUCUAUCUGGAGAUGCAAUUGCUAUUAUAGCUGAAGCUGUUUCUAUCCUAAGCCUUAUACUAACUGUUUUUAUUAUUGAAAGGGUCGGAAGAAGACCCUUAUUAAUCAUAUCGGCCAUUGGGUGUGGUAUACCUUUAAUUUUUAUGGGAUUAUUUUUCUACUUCCAGCAUGUUGGAUCACAUUUGACUCAACAGUUUCAUUGGGUUCCUCUAACAAGCAUUUUAGUAUAUUUUUUCAUGUAUUUCCUUGGACUAGGCUCUAUUCCAUUCACAAUGGUCAGUUUAUUUUUUAAUAUUGAGCUAAGAUCAACGGGAACUGCAAUUGUAAUAACAUUUAGUUGUUUGUUAUUAACUAUUUUCCAAUCUUCAUUUCCUCUUCUUGCCGAAGCUGCUGGAACCCAUUGGUGCAUGUGGUGUUUUUCUAUUCUCACUUUUAUUGGUGCUGUUCUCAUGUAUAUGUUUCUACCUGAAACAACAGGAAAAAGUGUUGAAGAAAUUCAGAAAAUGUUAUUGGAAUGUAUUAGUAGCUAUAUGCGAGCUUUAUCUUUAGCUGAAUUUAGACAUCGAAUUAGCGAAAUAAAGACAAAAGAGAUCAAUAGAAUAAAAUCGUUGGAUGAUGGUAGGGAAAAGCUUACAAUAAGUUGGAGCCGAGGAACAAUGGAGAAUUCUGAUUUCAAAACAAUCAAAUAUGUGCCUCCAAUAUCAAAAGAUGAAAAGUCACAACAAUUUAUACCCGAAAACGAUGAUGUAUGCGAAACAUGGUAUUUGCGAUAUACAGUAUUAACAGGUUUAUUUUUAAUCAUAUUCGGAGGAACGACUAUAGGAUGGUUUUCGCCAGCUCUCAUCAAACUGCAUUCCAAUAACACCGAGGAAAAUCCAAUUGGACGACCGAUAACAACUUUCGAAACGUCUCAAUUAUUAGGCAUAUCUGGAAUGGUAUCCUUGAUUGGCGCUCUGCUUUUACCAAAAUUAGCAGAUUAUAUUGGACGAAAAAAUGUAUUGUUUAUUACCGGAAUAACUAUGCUAAUGAGUAUAGUAGGAGUGGCUUUUGGAAAAUCUAUCAUCAUAAUUGUCACGUUCGAAUCUUGUGUGAAUAUUGGAUUCAUGGCCGUAUUAGCAGUUAUGCCCAUGUAUUUAGCGGAAAUAUGCGACAAUAAUAACCGAGCUAAAUACGGAUGUCUCAUGCCAGUUUGUUUGCCAGUGGGACAAUUGUAUACUUUCUUCAUCGGAUCAAUUUUUAGUUAUAAAAUGUUUACACUUCUAACAGCAGUACCAUUAGUAGUUUUUUUAUUACUUUUUGGAUUAGCGCCAGAGACUCCUGUUUACCAUUUGACCAAAAAGAGAGAUAACGAAUGUAGAAUGACUCUAAAGAAAUUGCGAAGUAACAAAUCUGAUGAACAGUUAGAGAAAGAUUUCAAUCAUAUUCGAGAGUCUGUAGAAGAAGCAAAAAAAAAUAAGCAGAAUAACUUCUUAAAAUUAUUUAAACGUAAAGAAGGUAGAAUCGGUUUAAUGCUCAGUUUACUGCCCAUCAUCAUACAAUUCUUUUCUGGUGUACCUGUUAUAAUGCCUUUGUUAGCUCCUUUAUUCCAAGGUUCGGGAUCCAGUGUAUCAGGCCAUACGAUUUCUAUUGCUGUUGGAGCCGUUAAGAUAGCCAUUUUCACGGUUCCAUUUUUCUUAGUAGAGAGAACUGGAAGAAAACCUCUUCUUAUAAUAUCUGCUAUAGGCGCCGGAAUAUCUGUAGCCGUUUUGGGAUACUAUUUUUAUUUGAAAAGCGUGAACUCUCCCUUGAUAACACAGUUGCACUGGGUACCCCUAGUUUUUGUAAUUUUGUUUGUUGGUACAUAUGCUAUAGGUCUUGGUCCAAUACCAAUAAGUAUUAUGAGUGAAUUAUUUCUCUCCGAUCUUAGAUCAACGGCUAACGCUUUAACGACAAUUAUCACUAAUACUGUUCUCACAAUCUAUAUAUCUGCUUUUCCCUUUUUGCUUGAAAUACUUGGUAUCCAUUGGUGUAUGUGGAUAUUUAGUGGAACCUGCUUCAUUGGAGCCAUAAUGAUUCAUGUGAUAUUACCAGAAACCAGAGGAAAGAGUGUAUUGGAAAUUCAAGAGAUUUUGAGAAAUUAUUGAAAUAAAUAAAUAAUAAUAAAAUUGGGAUUUUUUAUAAA